AUGUCAGAUGCCAGUCUCAUCAUUGUUGACUCUCCCGCGCACGCACCAGGGGUGUCAGUGAUCACACUCAACCGCCCAGAGAAGCGCAAUGCCGUCUCAAAAGCCAUGAUCAUUGAGUUCCUUGGAGCUCUCUCAAGAGCCUCGGCUGACUCAAACACCAAAGUCAUUGUCAUAACUGGAUACGGCUCUUGCUUCUCGGGUGAGUUAAGUUCCAAACCACGUUUUCUCGGCAGUUUAUUAACUUGCUCGACAGCUGGUGCGGAUAUCAAGGAGAUAUCGACGAUGGAUGCUGAAGCCGCCAGAUCUUGUCGUUACCUGGAAGAUCUGUGCCAUGGCAUGGCUGCUGCCAUGAAAGCCAUCCUGCUUGGAACGCCGAUCUCGAGUGAAGAAGCAUUGUCUUGUGGGCUGGUCUGCGACAUGUUUAAGGAUGGGCAAGUAUUGGACAAGACUAUCGAAGCUGCCGCGCAGCUCGCAGCUCGAGGUGGUGUUGCCGUUCAAUUGGCCAAGAAAGCUAUAUGCCGAGGUUUGUUGACAUACUUUGUCUCAUAUUGCGGUCUGGAGCUAAUGGUCUGUAGCUGA